AUUCUUUGGUGCCCUUUUCUUUUUCCCUGUUACUUUUGGAGCUAUUUGUUUCUCUUUCGCGCCGUCACCGCCGCCUCCCUCAAACAAAACCUCCGCCGUUCUGCUUCCCUCGCUUCUUCUUCUUCUUCUUCUCUUACAUUUGUUUUCUGCUAACUAGGUUAGAAUCCAAGAGACCUCCUAUAUUAGCUCAAAUUCGUGGUUCACUGUCGAGGUAUUAGAAAAAGAAACGGCCAUUGCCGACUUGGCGAGAUACUCAUCCAAACCCUACCCUAAUUCAGCUCAGUUCACCGAGAGGAAAUAAUGAAGCCGGAAAGAAAUUCGAAUGCCGGUGCGAAUUCAACAAGUCUGGAGAGUGAUGGCGGGGAAUUCAUCAUAUUGCCUCCGAAGAAGAAGAAAGAUAAUAAAGGGAAAAAACAGCUUAGUGUGAAGAAGCAGCCUAAGCUAAGCAAAUCCCAGAAAAGAAAGUUAAAGAAGCUUGAGGAGGAGAAAGAAAGGGAAAUCUUUCUAUCAAAAAGCAUUGAGACAUUGGAGAAAUACAAGAUUAAAGACGAUGUGUAUUCACUCAUGUGGUCUUCAAGGAACUUGGGGCAGGUUGAGACUGUUCGUGAAAAACGGAGAAGAGAAGUUGAGUUUUCUAAAGCGGGUUUGGAACUGCCACAUGCUGAAAAGGCUCACACUAAGAGGAAAAGAGAUAAUGCAUCUCAAGAUAUUGAUAUUGAAGUUUAUGAGGACGAAAUCUGUAAGCCAUCUACCGAUGUGCAUUCUGAUACCAAUAUGCAAUCAACGCACGAUGAACCUGAUACCUCUGAUAGACGAGUUGGUGGUUCAUUUGAAGAAGUGGCUAAUGACGAUACUCAGCCAUCACUGCUAGGAUCUGAGGAAAAAUCAUCAUGCCAAAUUGAAGAAAUAAUUAGGCCUAAGAAUUACAAUCCUGAAGGCGAAAAUAACCAUAGCAACUGUACUUCUUUAAGAAAUCUUGUUGCUCCAACAGUGGUACAUGUCUCAAGACCCAAGGAUGUUGAAAAGCUAAGGAUGGGUCUGCCCAUAGUCAUGAUGGAACAGGAAAUAAUGGAAGCUAUAAAUGAGAAUAUCAGUCUCAUUAUAUGUGGUGAAACUGGCUGCGGAAAAACAACCCAAGUUCCUCAGUUUCUUUAUGAGGCUGGUUUUGGUUCGCGUCAUUCAAAUACUGGAGGUGGCAUUAUUGGUGUCACCCAACCUCGCCGAGUUGCAGUACUUGCAACAGCCAAGCGGGUGGCAUUUGAGCUUGGGCUUCGAUUGGGGAGGGAGGUGGGGUUUCAAGUAAGACAUGAUAGAAAGGUUGGAGAGAAUUGCUCAAUCAAGUUUAUGACUGAUGGAAUCUUGCUUCGUGAAGUGCAGAAUGAUUUUCUGCUGAAGCGCUACUCAGUUUUAAUUUUGGAUGAGGCUCACGAGAGGAGUCUGAAUACAGAUAUACUCAUUGGGAUGCUUUCUCGGGUUAUCCAAGAACGUCAAAGGGAAUAUGAGAUGCAGGAGAAGAGAAUUCUUGCGGGGGAAACUAUUGAAUGUGAAAAUAGGAUAUACCCUUUGAAACUCGUGCUCAUGAGUGCUACUCUACGUGUGGAAGAUUUUGUAUCUGGUACAAAAAUAUUUCGUAAUCCUCCACCUGUAAUUGAAGUUCCAACUCGACAGUAUCCAGUUACCACGCACUUCUCAAAGAAGACUGAAAUUGUUGAUUAUAUUGGGCAAGCUUAUAAGAAGGUUCUAUCAAUUCACAAGAGAUUGCCACCUGGGGGUAUUCUUGUUUUUGUAACUGGGCAGAGAGAGGUCGAACUUCUUUGUCAAAGAUUACGUAGAUCUUCUAGGAAGCUAGUUGAAAAUGCGGUCAACGUAAAUAAUGAGGCUUCAUCCUUAUCUGUAGAGAAACCUCCAGAAGAAAAUGAUAUGGAAGAGAUAAGUGAGGCAUUUGAUUUUCAAGGGAACUCUGGUCAUGAGAUUACUGAGCGCUUUAGUUCUCACAUGGAGGAAGAUCAUGAAGGUUUUCCAGAAGAUGUAUCUGAUACAUCGUAUGAUUCAGAAGAAGAAAGUGAUCUGGAAUUCUUUAGUGAUGGCGAGACUCAGACAAAACCCAAGUCUGAAGGCAAUGUUUCAGAUAUAUUAGGAGCAGAGGGAACCCUUAUAUCACUGAAGGCUGCUUUCGAAGCCUUGUCAGGGAAAAGAGUUUCUGAUUCCAACACCAAAGUCCAAGAUGUUCCCCUGACCCCUGAAGGCGGACCAGAUCAGUCCCGUUCCCCUUCUGAACGAAAUGACAAAGAUAAGGGUUACUCCCCUGGUCAACUGCACGUGCUACCACUUUAUGCGAUGCUUCCUGCAUCAUCCCAGCUUCGUGUAUUUGAAGAGGCCAGGGAUGGAGAGCGUCUUGUUGUUGUUGCCACUAAUGUGGCUGAAACCUCUUUGACAAUUCCUGGGGUAAGGUAUGUUGUUGACACUGGAAGAGAAAAGGUGAAGAAUUACAACUCUUCCAGUGGCAUGGAAACAUAUGAGAUACAGUGGAUAAGCAAGGCUUCUGCUGCUCAGCGUGCUGGAAGAGCUGGAAGAACUGGGCCAGGACACUGUUAUCGCCUCUAUUCCUCAGCAGCCUUCAAUAACUUAUUUCCGGAUUUCUCAUGUGCUGAAAUAUCAAAAGUGCCUGUUGAUGGCGUUGUCCUUCUUUUGAAAUCCAUGCAUAUUGGCAAGGUUGCAAAUUUCCCUUUCCCGACGCCUCCAGAGACCAGUGCCUUGGUUGAAGCAGAGCGUUGUCUAAAGGUUCUUGAAGCACUGGAUGAAAACGGCAGAUUGACAGCUCUGGGGAGGGCCAUGGCUCGGUAUCCAAUGGGUCCUCGUCAUUCCAGAAUGCUUCUUACUGUUAUUCAGAUUAUGCAGAAAGCGAGAAAGUGUGCCCGAGCAAAUCUAGUUUUUGGCUAUGCAGUUGCAGCAGCGGCAGCUUUAAGCUUGUCAAAUCCUUUCCUCAGGCAUUUUGAAGACAACAGGAAUGACGCAGAUGAUAAAAGCCACGCAGAGGAAGCUGAUUCUAGAGGAAGCAAGAAAGUUCCUUCCAAAGAAGAAAAAUUGAGGAAAAAGGAACUGAAACAAAAGACGAAAUCCUCUCGUGACAAAUUUUCCCACCCUACUAGUGAUGCUCUAACUGUUGCAUUUGCACUUCAGAGUUUUGAUCUUUCCGAAAGCCCAACAGAAUUUUGCUAUGAGAAUGCUCUACACUACAAGACUAUGGAAGAAAUUUCCAAGCUGAGAAAACAGCUUCUCAAACUAGUUUUCAGCUCGCAUAUAAACGAUUCACAACAGGAUUUCUCCUGGGCUCACGGGACUAUCGAGGAUGUAGAAUCUGCUUGGAUGGUUUCCUCUGAUAAGCAUCCUCUUCAGCUGAACGAAGAGGAGAUAUUGGGACAGGCUAUCUGUGCCGGCUGGGCUGAUAGGGUUGCUAAGCGCAUCAAAGGAGCUUCACUUUCGGCAGAGGGGUAUAGGAACACGAAUGCAGUCAGAUACCAAGCUUGCAUGGUAAAAGAAACAGUUUUCCUUCACCGGUGGUCGUCCAUCUCUAAGUCUGCACCUGAAUUUCUAGUAUAUAGCGAAUUAUUGCAUAGUAAGAGGCCAUACAUUCAUGGAGCGACAAGUGUGAAACCGAAUUGGCUUCCUCAAUACGCUCGGGUAUUGUGUAGUUUCUCUGCUCCACUUUCAGAGCCAAAACCUUAUUACGACCCUAUGGCUGAUCAAGUCCUGUCAUGGGUGGCCCCGACUUUCGGCCCACAUCUCUGGCCGCUUCCUCUGCAUGGUUUGCCUAUCAAAGACGAUUCUACAAGAGUCGCUGUGUUCUCCUACUCUUUGCUAGAAGGCCAAAUCCUGCCGUGCCUGAAAGCUGUAAGGAAAUUCAUGGCAGCCUCCCCUGCAACUGUGUUGAAGCCAGAGGCGUGGGGUCUGAAACGUGUUGGUAAUCUGUUGAGUAAAUUAAACACCAAGGGAGGAGUCGUUGACACUUGUGCUAAACUAAGAAAGGUGUGGAAAGAAAAUUCUAGAGAGUUGUUCCCAGAAGUUCAAGAUUGGUUUCAGGAAAGCUUUCGGGACCGGUUUGAGGAACUCUGGGAGGAGAUGCUUCGGCAAGCUGUGUUAGAUCCCAAGCAAAGGUUGAAGAAAAGGUUGAAGAAAUUGAAAAGAGAGGUAUAAACAGCUUUCUUUCACCUUUUCUCUUAUUGCUUUAGUCUUUCCCCAUCACAUGCCAAACUUGUUAUUCUGUUAGUUCAUUAUUUAUGAUCUUAGUUACUAGUUAGCAGCUUCUUACUAAGAUUUGUAAAAUUAGUUGGUCAAAAUAUUUGGCUGCAAUCUUGGCUGCUUAGGCCCCUUCUUAUAUGAGGGGCAUAAAUUUUGGUGUAAACUACACAUCUUUUUGUUGUGCUGUAAUUUUAGUCUCAUAUUUCAUCCCUUCA